UCGUUUCAAGAGUGAAUGACAACAUCAACAUCUAUGGAAGGAACUAUUGACACUCCCAACUCUGCGUAUCCAGACUUGGAAAUGCGACUUGAGACAUAUAUGCGAAGGGCAUUCUAUAUCCUAAAGCCGAAAGUCUAUGCUAGAAAUGAGUACGAUCCCAAGGAAGUGGAGUAUUUUGGAAUCCUCAGUCUUACUGAUGUUCGAGCUCCCCGUCGGAAGCUGUGGUACAUGUACUACGCGACAAAGGAUCAGUUGGACGAUACACUAGAUCGAAUUCACCGAAAAUAUGGGCAAAAGAAUAUGUACGACCUGUUCCGAAAGCCCGUUUACAGUGGGGCGGGUAUGCGCUACCGGGUUAAGAACCACUUUUCCGGCCAUAAGUGGUACGUCAAGGGCAAUAUCUUGGAAGCACCUCCAAAUAGCUGCUACAAUGAUGAAAAGGUGGCGAACACAGUUGCGGAUCUAUAUGAGGCCGAAAAGCGGAAGUACUACGAUUACUUAACUUACAAAAGUGAUCAACUAAAGUCAUAUAACUACAUAUAUUUUAGUACAUAA